AUGAGUGUGGGCGUAUACAACUCUCCGAAUUGUGAACUAAAGACCGAUCAAUCUUCGUACUUUUCGUUGCACAUGCCCUCGGCAUAUAUAUCCAAUGACAAGACAUGCGCAGGAUAUUUUGACGUGGAACCACAAAAUGAUGGUAAAACUCCUUAUUUCGAUGUGCAAAAGUGUCAACCUGCCGAGACGCCCUACUUUGACUGUGAACCAGUAGAUACUCCGUAUUUUGAGGAAUUGAAGAAGAAAUCUGAAGCAAGAAUCAAUGGCGGAGUUUCAACUACGGCGUCUAUUCAUUCGUCACUCCCCCGAUCCAAGUUGCUCAGACAACCCAACAAGCCUUCUGUUCGGCCUUCGUUGCAAGCUCUGACUUCUGCUGCACCGCCCGCUCAGUCGUUUCACAUCGUUUCGGUCGGCAAUUUGGCCGAAAUGAUCAGAUUGCAGACAUCGAACGAAUCUUCGCUAGCCGGUUCCGUCAUUCUUCUGCUCGACCUUCGAGCAUUUUCUCAAUUUGCUGAAAACCAUAUCCGCAUGGCUGUCAACAUUUGUGUCCCUUCGACUCUGCUCCGUCGAGGCUCUUUCACUCUCGAUAAGGUGUGCGACAUGCUGGUCAGUGAAUAUGACAAGCAAGUCUUUGGUGAAUGGGAGAAAUUCGAGAAUAUCGUCUUAUACGACAGUAACACAGAAGACCUGCAAGAGGGUAGUUCCUUGACCCAUCUGUGUAAAAAAUUCAAAAUGUCUGGUUGCAAAGCAAAUAUUGGAUGGUUGAAAGGUGGUUUUAUGGCAUUCAGCUCAAAAUACACCGAUCUCUGCGAACGCACUGAAUCUAGUACUAGACCGUCUACGUUUCCACGUCGCACGUUUUCUGCACCAGCACUCAUGCGAAAGCCAGGAACAUUCACCUGUCCAACCCCUGUUAUUGAAAUGAAUGGCGUGAAUCCAUUCUUCUCUAACAUAAGGCAGAACUACGAGCUGAUUGGAGGAAUUACAGAAACAGUCCCUGUAAGAUUUCCGGAAGGAAUACCAAUCCACGCAUCUCAGUUACCAGCCUUUUUGAGGGAUAUUUGUUCGGAAAAUUGUGGGAAAGAUAGGCUAGCCGAGGCGUUUUAUGAAAUUGAACGAACGGAACAACGUAGACUUCAAUCACUGAUGCUUCAGAAUGCCAACAAACCAACAUCAGACUUUGCAUAUUCGAUAUCUGCGGGUAUAGAAAAGGGUACGAAAAACCGCUACGGUAACAUUUGGCCGUACGACCAUGCCAGAGUCAAGCUCGGCGCAUGUAGAGAAGGUGAAUGUGACUAUAUCAACGCGAGCUAUGUUCAAGCAGACGAAUCGACCACAAGAUACAUUGCGACGCAGGGGCCAAUGCCAGCUACAUACGGAGAUUUUUGGAAAGUUAUCUGGGAGCAGAACUGUUCGGUCAUUGUUAUGUUGACCAAAGAAGAAGAAGCCGGAAGGAUUAAAUGUCACAGGUAUUGGAGCGACUGCACCAAGAUGCCUUGCAAUUUCGGCAAAUUGUCUCUUUUAAACAUUUCUGAAAACACAUCUCUAUGUGACUCUGGCGCUUCGAUAACAAUACGCAAGUUUUCUCUAUCAAAUUCGGACUAUGCCAAUGCUCCACCUCGCAUAAUAACUCAACUACACUUUCUCGGAUGGCCCGAUUUCGGUGUCCCCGAUAGCCCGUUGCAGCUAUUGCAUCUUAUCAACAUGGCCAACGAGUGUCAGCUCGAGUCUGGGAAUACCGGGCCUAUGGUCGUACACUGUUCUGCAGGAUGCGGACGAACCGGUGCGUUUUGCACGGUUGAUACGGUUCUGAAAAUGUUGAAACGAAGCAUGAAUAUGCAAGAUAUCCAAGAAGAUGUGAUCAAUUACGUCGUUGAAAAGUUUAGAGAACAGAGAUUGAGCAUGGUCCAGAACUUGAGGCAAUUUGCGUUCUGCUACGAGGCGGUCAUUUGGGAUUUACUAGGAGCGGCGCGAUGA